AUGGUGAUUCGGCCGCUAGCGGGCAUUGCCACUGUUGCAGCAGGCGCUGCUGGAUUUUUUGCGGGCUCAGUGUACACUGGACAGGUAAAGUUUGGUGUGUCGGGGUCUCCGGCCGCCGUGUCGCAGUAUAUCGACCGGCUGGGUCUCGUUCAGGAGCUGGCCAAGGACCCGCGCUACAAAUUGCACAAGCCCUGGGACGUCGACCGCACGAUUAUGACCAAGAACGUCAUGCAGAUCGAGGGCGGGAUCGCGGACCCGCUGGUGUUUGUUGACAAACUCAACCGCGGGCACACAAUUGCCGUCACCCACUGCGGAAGUCGCACCUGCGGGUUCCCCUAUCUCGUGCAUGGGGGGCUGCUCGGCCUGCUUCUGGAAGACUCUCUUACCGAAGCGGCUGCGUCAAUGGGUAAAACGGGCAUCAAGAAUAUGCGUCUGUCCUAUAAGCACCCGACCCUGGUCAACCAGGCGGUCAUUAUCGAAACGUUCAGGACGGAGAAUGACAAGUUGGCGGGCACAAUUGUCAAUCUCAAGGGCAAAACACUCGUCAAAGCAGUCUCGGAUCUCAAAUAG